AUGAGAGAAUAUGGAGUGGCCGAGUCUUGGACUCGACUGGUAGAUAUUGUCUUGGGUGGAGGAUGGGGCAAGAUACUAUGCACAAAUGAGAGUAAUGCAUUAAUGGUAAUAGGUUUCGGAAAGCUGGUGUUGUUCACAGGACAGGGACGGAUUGCGCUUCCAAUUCAAGGUAGUAAAGAUUCAUUUCAUGUGGAAAAUUAUGCGGAAAGCCUAUUCUUUCUCAACCACAAAGUUGGUGCUGUUGUAGGGAACGACGGUGUUGAUGAUACUGCCAGUCAUGAGGGAGGAGAAGCAGAAGUCAAGCAGCAUCAUGAUACGCCACCAGUCAAGUUCAUUUACUCUAGAAGGUCCAGGAAGAAUUGA